AUGAGUACUGGCAUGCGAGCCUAUUCUCCACCCUCUGUGCCAGGUGAAAACUCAAGCAGCGAUGCGACCGAGCGUCUCCUCUUCAAGGAGGUGGACCCCAAGGGCCGACCGCCUCCCGCCGAAAUCGCUUCUACGCCCAGCUCACCUGGGUCUGACCAAAACGGCAACUGGGCUGUCGUUACGAGCGUUUCUGGUCGCGAACACAAAACCUUGGUAAGACCCUGCCCCACCGCACAUGUAUAA